CCUCUUCCGCUGCUUCCUAGCUGUUGCCAGAGACGCGACUGUGGCGCUUCCUCAGGAGAAGCAACAUGGCGGCGAUGGCGGGGACAGUCGGAGAGCGAAGCAGCACUCGGGACCGUCUCUUGACGGCGCUGGACGACCUGGAGCUCCUGGCCAGGGAGCUGAUUGAAAUGUUGGCCAUUUCAAGAAACCAGAAACUUACACAAGCUGGAGAGGAGAGCCAGAUCCUUGAAUUGUUGAUUCAAAGGGAUAAAGAAUUCCAGGAAUUAAUGAAAUUGGCUCGUGACCAAGGCAGAAUUCACCAUGAAAUGCAGCUGUUGGAAAAGGUAGUGGAGAAGAGAGACAACGAUAUUCAGCAACUUCAAAAACAACUGAAAGAAGCGGAACACAUAUUGGCCACAGCUGUUUAUCAGGCAAAAGAAAAGCUGAAAUCAGUGGAAAAAGCAAGAAAGGGAGCAGUUUCAUCAGAAGAAAUAAUUAAAUAUGCUCAUCGAAUUAGUGCCAGCAAUGCUGUUUGUGCUCCUCUGACGUGGGUGCCAGGGGAUCCGCGGAGGCCAUACCCAACUGAUCUGGAGAUGAGGAGUGGUCUGCUUGGUCAAAUGAAUAACCCAUCAGCAAAUGGAGUCAAUGGACACUUACCAGGAGAUGCACUUGCAGCAGGCAGAUUACCAGAUGUACUUGCCCCGCAGUAUCCAUGGCAAUCAUGUGACAUGUCAAUUAACAUGCUACCUCCUAAUCACAGCAAUGACUUCAUCCUAGAACCUCCUGGGCAUAAUAAGGAGAAUGAAGAUGAUGUAGAGGUUAUGUCAACAGAUUCCUCAAGCAGCAGCAGUGAUUCAGAUUAGCAACAACAUCUGAAGCCAUUGACUUUAGUUCAAAUGAAACCAGACUUACCAGAUACAUCGUACAUCAUGCUUGUUCUACAAUCCAGAUGGAGUCUUGCAGCAUGGCAGGAAACUGAGAACACACUUUCUUUGAUCUGUAUUUGGUGAAUUAAUGUCCAUCCCAGUGUUCCCGAUAAAAGGAUGACAGUCAAGUGGCCAUCUAGGUGUUCCUGGACUAUAACUCUCAUCAGCUGUAGUCAGCAUAGCCAAUAGUGAGGGAUGUUGGGAAUUUGGGUCCAAUAUCUAAAGGGCGACAGAUUUCCAACCCUGGAUUGAGUUCUUUUAGUCAAAGUUAGGGUAGACUCUUUAAAAUCAAAAGGACUUGAACUAUUCACACAUGAAUAACUCCAGCUGAUUUGGCUCCAAGUAUGACUAAAUCUGGAUCUAAUCCAGUAGUGCUGAUGUUAACUGAUUAUUCUUCUACUAAGAUGUUACUUAUGUCAGUGUAUAUUAUUGAUAAAAUAAGUUUUUGAAAAAGAAAUUGAGUAUACUUGGAGUUUAUUACCAGCUGCCCAGAUUUUUAGGGGGCACUGACGAAAGAAGUGCAGGAAUAGACUUCCCCAUGAGAAUUUUACUCCAAUCCAAUAAUUACAAAAAUUAUCCUUAAUACAUAUGAAAAUGUGUGAUAUUUAUGUAUCCAACUCCUGACUAGAUUUGUGUGUGAUUUCUAUGGUAUAAAGUAACACAUUUAACAUAAUAUAGUAAUAUUAUGAGUGGCUUUUCUAAAAAUAAGGCAGUGUGUGUGUUGUUGUUGUAUUUAUGCCCUGCUGUUUAGAAAUGCUCUCAGAGCAGCUUACUACCCUCAUGUUCAGUCUAAAAGAUUCAACGAGGGAAGUGGGAAGUAAGCAUUUGUUCUCAGUUGGAUGUUCUUAAAAUGACCAACUAGAAUUCAGUUCAGAUCAGUUCAGAGAGAUGAGAAGUCAAAAGUUGCUGAUACCACGAUGACCCUGCUUUCCAUCUAUGUUAUCUUAGCCUGCUAGAAUGGCUGCAGACAUGAUAUAGUUGAGGGGGUAUUGGUUUUUCAGCAGAGCAGAAAAUGGCCCUGCUUCCCUUCCUUUGAGCAGCCUGAAAAAAAAUAAAGAGCCCAUGGUCCUA